GAGACGGGGCGUGGGGGGUGGGGGGAGGCGGCGAGUGAAGGUGCGGGGGAUCGGAUUGGCUCGCGGCAUUCUCUUCCCCGUUCCCACCACCGGAACUUUCGGGUCGGGACGCGGGCCCUUUAAAAGAGAAGCCCAGGCCUCUCCGGCGCCUGGAACUGGGCGGGUAAUAACAACAAUUAAAAAACUUUUUCGACAACUUCUGCCGCUUCCGCCCCCUCCGCGGCCGAGUUUCCUGCGCCGCCGCCGCCGCCGCUGCUGCCGCUCGGGACAGCAGUGCCCGGGGCCCCCUGUCAGCGGGGCGCGGGGGCGCGGCGCUUCCCGGCCUCGGCCUCCUCCCACCCCCUGGGCCCAGACCGUUGGUGGCCCGGCCUGCCCCGCGACGGCGGCGCCCCCCCGAGCCGGGGCGCCGCCAUGGAGUACCUGAGCACGUUCACGGGCAAGGGCAGCCGUCUGCUGCGGGGCACCGCCAACCGCCUGUGGGGGCUCGGCAGCAGCGUCACCGGGGGGAGCCGGCAGGUGCGCUUCGAGGACUACCUGAGGCAAGAGACCCCGGAGUCGGCAGACCCGGAGCUCCCGGACGGCUCUUUAGGGGCUUCGUCUUUCCUGCCAGGACUCGACACCGGCCAAAAGAAGACCCUAGACAAGAAAGAUGGAAGACGGAUGUCUUUUCAGAAGCCGAAAGGGACCAUUGAAUAUACUGUUGAAUCGAGGGAUUCUUUGAAUAGCAUCGCCCUGAAAUUUGAUACCACACCUAAUGAACUGGUUCAGUUAAAUAAGCUGUUUUCCCGAGCAGUUGUUACUGGACAGGUUUUAUAUGUUCCUGAUCCUGAAUAUGUUUCUAGUGUUGAGAGUUCCCCAUCUCUUAGCCCUAUAAGCCCUUUGUCACCAACCUCGUCAGAAGCUGAAUUUGAUAAGCCAACAGAUACAGAUGGAGUCCAUCAUAAAGAGGCAACUCCCUCUUCUGCUUUUACUUGUGUUCGCUCAACCAGAGUUGUAUCUUCUACUUCUGAGGAAGAAGAAGCAUUUACUGAAAAAUUUCUUAAAAUUAAUUGCAAGUACAUUACCAGUGGCAAGGGUACAGUUAGUGGUGUGCUGCUAGUAACGCCAAACAAUAUAAUGUUCGAUCCACAUAAAACUGACCCCUUGGUCCAAGAGAAUGGUUGUGAGGAGUAUGGCAUCAUGUGUCCAAUGGAAGAGGUGAUGUCAGCUGCUAUGUACAAAGAAAUUCUGGAUAGCAAAAUAAAGGAAUCCUUACCCAUAGAGGUAGAUCAAUUAUCAGUAAGGGAUCUCUGCUAUUUUAAGAAAAUGACAAGAAGUAAUACUGAUGACAUAGACUCAAGGAUUCGGGAUACAGGGAAUGACAGUGCCAGCACCGCACCUAGGAGCACUGAGGAGUCUCUCUCUGAAGAUGUGUUCACAGAAUCAGAACUCUCUCCAAUACGGGAGGAGCUCAUUUCUUCAGAUGAACUACGUCAAGAUAAAUCUUCUGGUGCAUCAUCAGAAUCUGUCCAAACUGUGCAAGCUGGUGGAGGAUGUUUAACGGGCAUUCCAGAUUCUACUGUUACCCCUGAUAACUUAAAAGGCAAUGUUGAACAGCCUGCCCAUGAUGUGGGGAUUCUAGGUCAUAAAACAAAUUUAGACAAUCCAGAAGUAGCCUUAAAAGAAGGAGAUCCAGUUAUAAGCAUCUCUCAACAGUCUUUACAAGAAACACAAUGCCAUAAGGAAAAUAACAUGGGGGUCGAAGUGAACAUAAACAUGGAUUUUACACUUUCUGAAAAUUCAGUAGAAGGACCAGAAGGUGAGAAAGAAAACAGGCACUUUGGGGAAAUCACAGAAUCUCAGAAAAAGGAAACUGUGAACAAAGGGAAACAAGGAAAAGAACAAAUUCAGGACUCUGAGACAGAGGUGGAAGAGCUGCGUAAACUCUGGAAAAGUCACACUAUGCAACAAACCAAACAGCAAAGGGAAAAUAUUCAGCAGGUGUCACAAAAAGAAGUUAAGCACAAAAUAGCACCUGCAGAUGGACAUAUAGAAGGAUCAGGUUUUUUAAAAGAAAAGAGAAGACAUCGAUUGCAUAAAUUCUUAUGUCUUAGAGUUGGAAAACCAAUGAGAAAAACAUUUGUAUCUCAAGCAAGUGCCACAAUGCAACAAUAUGCACAGAGAGAUAAGAAACAUGAAUAUUGGUUUGCUGUGCCACAGGAAAGGACAGAUCACUUAUAUGCAUUCUUCAUUCAGUGGAGUCCAGAAACAUAUGCAGAAGAUACUGGUGAAUUUACUAGAGAACCAGGAUUUAUAGUGGUAAAGAAAAUUGAAGAACCUGAAACUACUGAUGAUUCUGAAGCUGCAGCCAGAGAGUGGGAGAUUACCACAAGGGAAGAUGUAAAUUCAAAGCAAGCUACUCCUAUGAAAGCAGACCUGGAGUCUGAAGCAUUUAGACCAAAUCUCAGUGAUCCAAGUGAAUUGUUACUACCAGAUCAAAUUGAAAAGCUCACUAAACACCUUCCACCACGCACCAUUGGCUAUCCUUGGACUCUUGUCUAUGGUACUGGGAAACAUGGUACAAGUUUGAAGACUCUAUAUCGAACAAUGUUAGGUUUGGACACACCAGUGCUGAUGGUGAUUAAAGACAGUGAUGGCCAGGUUUUUGGUGCAUUGGCAUCGGAACCAUUUAAAGUGAGUGAUGGCUUUUAUGGUACUGGAGAGACCUUUGUUUUUACUUUUUCUCCAGAAUUUGAGGUCUUUAAAUGGACUGGAGAUAAUAUGUUUUUUAUCAAAGGAGAUAUGGAUGCCCUAGCUUUUGGUGGAGGAGGGGGAGAAUUUGCGCUUUGGCUUGAUGGGGAUCUCUACCACGGUAGAAGUCAUUCCUGUAAAACAUUUGGGAACCAUACACUUUCUAAAAAAGAAGAUUUCUUUAUUCAGGACAUUGAAAUAUGGGCUUUUGAAUAACUACUGUUCUUACCAGGAUAAUGCCCCAAACCUGACAUGGACAAGCAUAGUUUGGAAAGUUCAUGAAGCAAUAUAAUGUAGCAUGUCACUAACUAUUUUAGAUGAGUCUGUGUCACUUUAUUUAGGUAUAAUUUUGGAUGGUUUUUUAAAAUCAUAUUCCUACCCCUGAGUUCUUAAAGUGUAAUACUUACCUAGUGCCAUGUAGUAUAAGUAACUUGCAGUUUGACUGCAGUUUAACAAAGGAGUGGCCACUCACAUCUAAAAAUUGGUAUCAUCACAAUCUCUUUGAUGUUAGUGCUGCUAUGUUGAACUUCCACCUAGUUAAUUUUUAAAAUCAAAAUUAUAUGAUUCCUUUAAAGGAAUAACGUGUGGGGCAUAGAUUGAGAUUAUAAGUAAUGGUAGACUACAGUACUGCUGAGGUUGAGAGUGACCAACUUGCAUUGUAGAACCAACACAUAAAAAACUAUAUGCCAAAUUAAAGGAUACUGUCUAGUUUUGAGUUCACUUGAGUAUAACAGCAUCAUUUAUUUGUAAGGCAUUCUCAGUUCCAUUUUCGAAAAAGUGAAAUGAAGGACGAAUGCUGAUUAUAUUAGACCAUAUUACACUUGCAGGUUUGGGGAAACAGCACUGUUGGAGUCUGUUAAAAGAUUUGCAAAACUGCAAAGGAGUACGAGAACUUAAUGAUUCUAUUUGGUUUAAUAUAUUAAGCAAGAAAAUAUAGUAUUAACUUAUUUGUAUCUUAGCAGGGCAUUAUCAGAAGUACAAAGACUACGAAACACAUGCAUAAAAUGUCAGAUAUACUAUUUCAUGGUUUUGUUGUUUUAGCCUUGUUGCACUUCAGAUCCACAAAUAUAGUUUAUUCUUGUCCAAAAAAGAAAAAAAUGUGACUUUUAAAAAAUUGAGUGGAUAUAUGUUGUAAAUUCAGUUAGCACCAGCGCUAAUAAAAUGGGUCAUGUACUAUAGUAGACAAUAUUGUAACUCAGUAGAUUCGUGGAAUAUGCAAAUUUACUGUCGUGACCUCAAGAAAAAAAAAAAUGGCAGGCUAGAAUAUACCAGUAGUUCUUGUCCUCUUUUGUAGGAAAAUCAGUAAUAAACCAUUGUGGCAAUAAUAACUCAUCAGAACAGUUCAUUUCAAAGCUUCUAUUCUAUGUUAUGCAAAAACAAACAAACACAAACUGCUGUUAUACGUGUGACAGUGACUUUGUGCUGAAACUUCAGCUAUUCCAGAUGAACAUUGUAUAUUUUCUUGUAAAUUAAUGUUUAAAGGUAGUUUUGUUCUUAUAGAAAGUGUUGAUUGACAGGUUGCUUAUAGCACUUUAAAUUAUUCUUAAAAUGGAAUAAAAGCCAGCUGUAUGGGCUUAAGUAGAUGUAGUUGUAUAGCACUUCAGUAUAUUUAGUUCUUUUGAAAGUUAAAUACUUAGCUGAAGAAAACUUACUGCUAGGGUAAUUAAUAAGAGCAGAUGCUCUGUUAUAAUAUGCUAUUGCUGAAUAUGAAUGGAAAUAGAGGACAUCAUUUCCUUAAUUGUCUAUGUAAAUCUCUUAAUUCUUAUUAGAAGUUAGUAACAGUAUAUAGAUUAAAUGUUUACAAUAUAAGGAACUGUAAAUAAAUAUCACAUUUUUCUCC